AUGACUCAAUUGGCACUUUCCAACUCGCUCUCUCUUCAUCACAACUUCUUCAUUCCCAAUUACCGCUCAUUCUCUUCCCAAUCUCAAUUUCUCCUCCUUCACCCUUCUCCAUUCGCCAAACCCUUCCUCCGGUUCACUCACGGAAUCUCUGAACCGCUUCACCCCCGGUUCAUCGUCUCCUCCGUCCAUCAACCUGAACCGGAACGGCUUCCUCCACUCAAUGCUCAAACGGAGGAUUUGCUCUUGAAAUCUCAACAACAAGGUAGUCAGCUUAAGAACAGAGUUGUUUUUGGACUUGGCAUUGGGAUUUCUGCCGGCGGUAUUAUUUUAGCUGGAGGAUGGGUUUUUGCGGCAGCCAUGGCGGCGGCUGUCUUUGCUGGUUCACGUGAAUAUUUUGAAUUGAUUGGAAGUCAAGGAAUUACGGAAGGAAUGACACCUCCUCCGCUAUACGUGUCACGAGUCUGCUCUGUCAUUUGUGCCUUAAUGCCACUAUAUGUCAUGUAUCGUGGUCAUAUUGAUGUUUCUGUGACUUCUGCUGCUUUCGUUUUGGCCAUAACAUUACUCGUGCAAAGAGGAAAUGCCCGUUUUGCACAGCUAAGCAGUGCCAUCUUUGGACUAUUCUAUUGUGGAUAUCUUCCAAGUUUUUGGGUUAAGCUUCGUUGUGGUUUAGCAGCUCCGGCCUUGAACACAAGAUUAGGAACAGCAUGGCCUUUACUUCUCGGUGGUCAAGCUCAUUGGACAGUAGGUCUUGUAGCAACUUUGAUUUCCAUAAGCAGCAUUAUUGCAGCUGAUACAUUUGCAUUCAUUGGUGGCAAGGCAUUUGGAAGAACGCCACUUACUAGUAUAAGUCCAAAGAAGACAUGGGAGGGUACUAUUGUAGGAUUUUGUGGUUGUAUAGCUACUUCCCUUGUCCUUUCAAAAGUAUUCAGCUGGCCAGCAUCACCAGUAAGCGCAAUCGCACUUGGCAUUCUGACUUUCCUUGGGUCAGUUUUUGGCGAUCUCACAGAAUCAAUGAUUAAACGUGAUGCUGGGGUGAAAGACUCUGGCUCCCUAAUACCUGGACAUGGCGGAGUACUCGACAGAGCGGAUAGUUAUGUUUUCACGGGUGCGCUUGCAUACUCUUUUGUCAAAACCUUUCUUCCGCUUUACGGAGUAUGA